AUGGUAUCUGCUCUCCUGUCGCCACUUCUCUUGCUAUCUUUCCAACGAGCAGUUUCAGGCGUCAACAUCUCUAUCCCGUCAUCACCGCCUUCCGAUGCGCACACGCUUUCUCCGUCUCUCUUAGGUUUCUCUAUCGAACAGGACAGAUGGGUGGAUUGGAUAGGUGCCGGCUCGCGGAAUGACUACUUCUAUAACGUUUUGAACAACAUCAAAGGCUUGUCGGGAGCAGCAACCAGGUUAAGGAUAGGGGCUGAUUCUGAGGAUCACACCAAUUUUAGUCCAGAUGUGAUGUAUUCUGAAGCUAUCUUCCCGGACCCGACCACAGCUGUUCCUUACCAGGAAGCUUCAAAUAUCACUGUCGGAGAAGGUUAUUACCAGCUUGCCUCAUUCCUGCCAUCCGGAACCGAAGUUAUAUGGGGAGUGAAUCUCAGAGAUCUCAACAUGACGGCUGCCAGUCUCGAGGCCAACGCCAUCGCCGAAGCAUUUUCGUCGUCGACAUUCAAAACCGCCGGAGUAAACCUGGAGGCUAUCGAGAUUGGAAACGAAGCGAACUUGUAUCCCUUCAGCGACUGGACCGUGGAGGAGUAUGUAAAAGUAUGGACGUCGUUCGCCACCAACGUCUCUACUACCGUCAGCUCAACCUUUGGGUCAAAAGUGCCCUUCUGGGGUGCUGCCUUCGCUGACUCCGACAUUUGGACACCAGAAGCAGUCAUAGACGAUGACAUCCUCGAUUCCGAACCAGGCUCUCAAAUCGCAACUAUCUCGCAGCACCACUAUAGUGGCUCCUGUGAGGCUGGCACUCUCCCCGGCUUGAUGGACAAACCCUCCAUCCGAUCAAACCUCACACAAUUCACCUCCGGCAUCUCAGCCGCCCAUGCGAAGGGCCUCACAUACGUCUUAGGCGAGACUAACUCAUACUAUUGCCAUGGAGCAGCCGGCGUCAGUGAUACAGCAGGCGCCGCCCUUUGGGCUCUGGACUACACGCUCUUUUCCGCGACACUGGGUAUCGAUAGGGUCUACUUUCAUGAGGGGAUUGGAUACAAGUAUAAUUUUAUCCAACCCGCUACCCUCAAUCGCUCCAUCGAGGAUGGCACUCCACUAGCGGAACCUCUCGCCCCUCACAUUCAACCCGCAUACUACGCUGCUAUCAUCAUUGCGGAAGCCAGUGGGUCCUCUGUGUCCAGUAAGAUAGUCGAACUCGACAUCAAUGAAUCGGACGUUACGGGAUAUGCCUUCUUCGACAACGGUUCACUAAAGCGAGCAAUACUGAUCAAUAUGAACGCAUAUCUUGGAGACGGCUCGAGGGGAUCUGUUCAUGUUGGGCUAGAUGGUGUUAGUUCAGAGAAGAUGACCGUGAAGAGGCUGGCGAUCUCAUCCGCAAGCGAUACCUCGGGCCUGACUUGGGGUGGCCAGUCGUACGAAACCAAGGACGGGAAGGUAUCAGGCAGCUUGAACGUCACUACUGCGUCGGUCAGCGAAGGAGUUGACGUAUCUGACACGGAGGUCGUGUUGUUGAGCUUCUCGUAG